CCGGAGUUUGUGCUCAAGUUCUCUCUCUAACAAGCGUUGAUUAUUGCAACACAUUUGCUACUACUGCUCGAAAAUCACACCGUCACCACCACCACCAUGUGCCCUAUCCCACAGCCCGCAUCUGGCGAUGGCAACAACCCCGCGCCGCCGGCGCCGCCAAAGAAAGACCCCAGCGUCAGCUGCUUCACGUGCACGCGCCUCAACGCGACGACCUUUGUCAUCAUCGAGGAGGACAAGUGGUACGAGAUCCCAUACAUCUACGUCAAGGUGUACCCGGAGCUGCUCGUGCUGGUGGACACGGGCUGCGGCGGCGGGGACGCGGCAAAGAACCCGGCCGCGGGCCUGACGUCGAUCCGCGAGUACAUCGAGACGGUCCCCGUCGCGGACAAUGACGGCCGGCCGCUGAAUGCCGGGUCGGAGAAGGAGUACCUGGUCAUCUGCACGCACUGCCAUUUUGACCACAUUGGCGGCAUCGCGCAGUUCCCCGAGGCAGACGUCUGGGCGAGCGCCUAUGACAAGGCGUUCCUCGCCAAAGACGUCCUGGCCACGACGUCGAUAUGUCGAUUCUUCGACAUGGAGACCCCACAGUACACGGUCACGCACUGGGCAGAUGAUGGGCAGCAGGUCGUGUCGUCGUUGUCGUCGUCGCUCGGUGGACAAGAGCUCGGCCUGUUCAUCUAUCACACGCCAGGGCACACACCGGACGAGAUCGCCAUCUGGGACCCCGCAGAGCGCGUGCUGUUUGUCGGCGACACCAUGUACGAGAGCGUGCCGAUUUGCUUUCCCCUCGAGGGCGACAUAGCUUCCUAUUUCGGCACGAUUGAUCGACUGAGGGAGUUGGUCAGGGCAUGGAAUGAGGACGAGGGUGAAAACGUUGGUGGGGAGACAAAGAGAAGGGUCACCAUGGCUUGCGGACACGCCACACGAGACGCCGACGCCGAAAAGCUCAUCGAGGACGUCGAGCUGUUCCUAUGCCGCCUGCUCAUCGGGGAGGUCAAGGGCAACGCCCUUGAUGAACUGUUCCGCGAGCAUGACUUGACUGCGUACAAGGAGACUGGCUGCAAGAUCAACUUCCUCGCCCCCGAAAAGGUGUUUGACCAGUUCCGCAAGAACGAGCAGGGGAUGAGGCACGUCCGUGAGCGGGUGGAGUCGAGAGCGAUAUCGCUCUGAGCAACGACAUGGCGACACGGUCACUACAUGGGGCUCUCAUCGAGGACUUUAUACGUGAGAUGACGUGCUGCCAUCUGUCAAGACAGACACCACAACCAGGACUUGCACACUUUCACACGGCUGCCCAUAAAGCAAUCGAUACUCGAUUCAGAAGAUCAAUCACGGACAUGCGCUCGAAGCAACAUG